AUGUCGAGACUCGCACGCACCACCACAUCGGCACACCACCUCGCGGCAGCCUCGAGCUCGCUGUCGAGGGCCAGUCGCUCCACACGUCUAGCGGGCGGCGCCAUCUCUGCAUCUUGCUUUUCGACCCAGCAAGGCUUGGCAACCUCACACUCAGCAUCGCUCAAUGCCGCGGCCGGCCCAUCUCGCUCAGCCUUCUACGGCAACGUGGCAGCGACUCCAUCAACAUUUGCAGUCUGUGCGAAAAGGUCGUUGGCAACAACAGCUCCAGCGUCGGCCGCGACUCAUGAUGUCGAGUCCGACAUCGUCAUAGUGGGCGGGGGCGUGGUUGGUCUGGGCCUGGCAUGUGACCUCGUUGCUUCUCAGGCUAUUGGCUUACCAGCUCAGCCAGACACCCAGCCCAUCACGCUGAUAGAAGCCUCCGACCUCAGCCGUCUCAGGAGUUGGGCUGCUGACCGCGCAAGCCACCUCGCUCAAUCACAAGCGUCCUCCUUACAUUCUUCUUCCGCCGAAGGUCUCGACUGGGAAUACCGCGUCAUCUCGCUCACGUCCGAAAAUCUCGACUGGCUCAAGCGCAUCGGCGUGUACCCUUACCUCGUCGAAUGUCGCCUGCGGCCUGUCAACUCGAUGCGUGUCUGGGACGGUCUCUCCGGUGCCCUGCUCGACUUUGACUCUGCCGACCUCUCCAGCGCUGCAGGCUCCUCGUCCCAGAUCAGCGCCAUGGUCGAGAUCAGCAACCUCCAGCAGGCUAUGCUCCGCUUUCUUGAACAAGGACCGGGCAAGGACAUCUGCGCCGUCAAGGACAAGGCGUUGGUCGAGUCGAUUGCGGCUGGGUCAAGGAUCGAAGCCGGCAGCUCGUCGAUCGAACAAGACCCGUGGCCAACUGUGCAGCUUUCGAGCGGCGAUGCUGUUCAGGCACGACUGCUCGUAGGAGCCGAUGGGCCCAACUCGCCCGUCCGCAAGUAUGCUGGCAUCGGCGACUACGGCUGGCCGUACGAACGACGAGGUCUGGUUGGCACGCUUCGAUGUCGUGGUCCAGAGAGUGGCGAACCUACUGUUGGUCACACCGCCUAUCAACGCUUCCUGCCCAGCGGCACGAUCGCCUUCCUGCCGCUCUCGGAUUCGACAGGCUCCAUGGUCUGGACUCUCGAACCCGAAGUGGCGGCCGCUCUCACUCUGCUUCAUCGCGAGACGGCAGGGUCUGCGGAGGAACCGCUCGCAAGUUUAGUUGAUGCUGCUUUCCGAUUGCCGUGGUCGUACAUCGAGCGGCUCUUUGAGCGUGUUGUGACUUUCACAAAGCACCCGACGCCUGAUGGAACGCAGCGAAACUGGAAGUGGCUUGCUGCAGAGAUCCCCACCGAAGCCGAAUGGUUCGAGCGAGGUCUGGGCGACCCAUUGCCGGAGAGCGGGACAGGCGAAGUGCCACCCAAGAUCCUCUCAUUGGAUUCCAAGAGCGUCGCCAGCUUCCCGCUCAACCUCAAGCAUGCGGAUGCCUACCUCGGCGCGUCGCUCAACAGCUCGUCUCUGCUUCCAUCCGGUUUGCUCGCCGGUGCGAUGGCUGCCGUCGGACUGGCACCCGAGGGAGCAGGGCAGGGCGCCGGACGUGGGCGCACCGUUCUCGUCGGUGAUGCGGCACACACGAUCCACCCACUCGCUGGGCAAGGUCUCAACCUGGGCAUCGCCGAUGUUCGCUCGCUGUCCAAGACUCUACGCGCGGCGUUGGGGGCCGGAGCAGACAUCGGCUCGUAUAACGCUCUCAAGGGGUAUGCGAGGGAACGAUACUGGGAGAACCAGAAGAUGCUUUCCGCCGUCGACCACCUGCAUUGGCUGUACGCUGGCACACCGGUGCCGCUUCAGCAGCAGGCGGAUGGGGGCAAGGAGCAGAGGGAGCGGGACGGGCUGGUCAAGACCGCGGCCAAGGAAGUGGUUGGAAGAGGGGUGGUGUGGGCGAGAAGCACGGGGCUGGAGGUGAUCAAUGAGCUUGGGUUCGUCAAGAAUGCGUUCAUGCGUCAAGCUGGAUCCACCACCACUUCGUCCGGCAGUGCCCCUUCGCCAUCGACACGACGAUCCUACUCUACUGAUCGUGGUCAAGGCUUGCAUGUAUUGUCGCGUCCUCGCGCUCCUCGCAAAGUUGAUGCUGCUUCACAGAAACGACACCAUUCGUCGAGCCACUCUGGACCGCUCGCAUCGGACGUAUACACCAGUGCCACCGCCGACAACAACAGCAACGCAGCCACCACAUCAACGCCCUCGCUGUCGUCUCUUACCCCGUCGCAGCAGAGGGCGUUGCAAGACAUGCUGCGCGUCGACCACUCGGGUGAGAUCGCGGCGAAUACAAUCUACCAAGGUCAAGCCGACAUGUUUGGCGCUCUGGGCGAUGUGAAGAACCGCGACCUGUCCAUCGAGAUGUGGCAGACGGAGAAGAAGCAUCUCGAGGUCAUGCGUGCUUUGCUGCGACAGCACAAUGUGCGGCCAUCGCUGCUGAUACCCGUCUGGUCGGUGGCAGGGCGCGUGCUGGGCGGCGUGACGGCGCUGUUGGGGCCGAGGAGCGCGAUGGCCUGCACCGAGGCGGUGGAGAGCGUGAUUGGCGAGCAUUACGAUGACCAGCUCAAGGAGCUCAAGAGCAUUUUGGAGAGAGAGGGGUUGCUGGAACGGGCAGGCGCGAGAGAGGAGGAGGUCCAUCCUUCGCUGCCGCUCUUGUCGGAUAUCAUCAAGGAGUUUAGGGACGACGAGUUGGAACAUUUGGAUACCGCGGUGGAGCACGAGUCGCAGCAGGCGGCGGGGCAUGCAUUGCUGUCCGCCGUGAUUGCUGCCGGUUGCAGAGGCGCUAUCUGGGUCGCUUCUCGUGUAUGA